UCCCGUCCCCUCCAUCCAUCCAUCCGUCCUUCUUGGCUCCCUCCUCCUCUUCUUCCGUCGCCGCCGGAUUCUGAGACGACCCCCUCCUCCUCCUACCUCGCACGCGAGACCCUCGCUCGCCCCCCUUCGAUUGGAACUGGAGCGAUUGUCGGGAUCCCCUGUGACUGCGGAACACCGAUGGCGCAGAGUUCGACACUUCUUGCGCCUCAUUCCAUCGCAUGGCUGGCAGGCCAGAAGACUCACGAGCAUGCUGGCCCAUCCCAAGGAAAAUUCCAUUCUCUAUUUUCAUGCCUGCCAAUCAUCACAAUUGUUUGUGUCAUUAAAGACUGUUGACACGAGCAGAAGCUCAAUGCUCCCCACUCCACCAAAACAGGCCCAACUAUUCCCGUUAUUAACCAGAGUUUGCAAAAGUACUCCAAGUAGUUGGAAAUCAAGUCCAAAAAUGUUUGAACCAAAUUGUGUUCCAUGCACCUCCACUCUUCUAAACACAGCAUUUUGAUUCAUAUGGUAUUUGUAGAAGAUGAAUUAAGAUGACAAAUGGACCUGUUUUUCUCCAUCUCAGGGGACGGCCAUUUUGUCCUGCGCUGCCACUGGCUAUCGACUGAGAAAGACACAUCGGUCCCAGAGGGGUCAGCCUGCAAAUGUCACAAGACCAAACCCAGAGACCAGGUCAGCCAAGUUACCCAUGGUAAAGUGGAAGUGCAGUACCCAUUCAAAUCCUGUACUGUCCAGACAUUUUUGAAAAUGGUGUGGUAAACAUGCCCCUCCCUUUUUGCAGAUUUUGAAAAAAUCUCUUGUGAUGUAUCAAUUUUCAUUUUUUUGCACGAGCCCACUCAAAUCCUCUGUGUGCAGACACAGUAUGUACACUAGAGGGCGCCAACCCUUUUCAAACUGGUUCACUUGAGAAAGCAGAGCCACUCAUGUUGGUCACCGGACAUUUGCAGAACCUUUCUCCACCCGACAAACUCAUGCACGGGUUUCCUUGUUUGACAAUGACACCGAAAGUUGCCAUUAUUCCGAGUAUGGGACAACACAGUGCUCAUAGGGAAGGCUGCUGGGCCCGAUGCCAUGCUUCCCAGUUGCCCGCCGGCCGGCCCCUUGGCACUUGGGUUGGCAUCCGUGUGCUGUGUCCACAUCCCAGCAACAGCGUCAGUGAUUUGGGCCGGCUCCCUCAGGUCCCCGGCCAAUCAUACACAGACGGAGGCAAAUCAUUCUGGAGACUAAAUCUGCAGACUUAAUCCAUGAGAGCCUUCAUCCCUCCUCUUUGACAUUCACCAGUGAUGACAUUUUCCACCCCUGUGCAAACGCCCGCACUUGCCAUCCAUAAUAGGUGCCAUCGCGCUUCCUUCCUCAAUUCCUUGAGUUUUCUUCACAAAAAGCAAGCAUGAGUCUGAAACAAGCCUGCAUCUUCCUCAGAGGUGGCAAACAGAGACAAAGAUCUCUGACUCCUGAUGAAGUAGAAGAGUUACGUGCGGCUUUUGUGGAGUUUGACAAAGAUAAAGAUGGCUUCAUCAACUGCAAAGAUUUGGGCAACCUGAUGAGGACGAUGGGUUACAUGCCAACGGAAAUGGAGUUGAUCGAAUUAAGCCAAAACAUCAACAUGAAUUUGGGGGGGCAUGUGGACUUGGAGGACUUUGUAGAAAUAAUGACCCCCAAACUCCUGGCUGAAACGGCAGGCAUGAUUGGCCUCAAAGAACUUAAAGACGCUUUCAGAGAGUUUGAUAUGGACGGCGAUGGUUCCAUCACGUCCGACGAGCUGAGGAACGCCAUGCUCAAGUUGCUGGGUGAGCAAGCCAGCAAAAAGGAAAUUGACGCCGUGGUGAACGAAGUGGACAACAAUGGCGAUGGGACUGUUGACUUUGAGGAAUUUGUGCAAAUGAUGUCACAGAAGUGAAGACGACAAACAACUGCGGAUUCAUUUCCCCCCCCCCUUUCCUUUCCUUUCCUUUCCUUUCCUUUCCUUUCCUUUCCUUUCCUUUCCUUUCCUUUCCUUUCCUUUCCUUUCCUUUCCUUUCCUUUCCUUUCCUUUCCUUUCCUUUCCUUUCCUUUCCUUUCCUUUCCUUUCCUUUCCUUUCCUUUCCUUUCCUUUCCCCUCAUGUGCUGAAUCAUUUGUAUACAUCAAUUUAAAAGAAAAAUUGUAAAUAUAUCCAAAUAUAUUUGUAUACAGACUUUUAAGGGGGGGGAUAACAUCAAGUUUCUAAUGAGAAAAAGUCAUCAAAUAUUUGAUCAAUUUUGGGGUCUUACACUGAGAAAAAAAAUAAAUGAAUAAAAAGUCAAAUGAA